AUGGUGCAAAAUCCCUCAAUCAUUUGCAGCGUUCUCAGAGCAGACUCAGCCAUACGCACCUUUGUUGCAUUUUCUGCGGGACUCACGCAUCACGUCGAUUUGGCAGAAAACGCAAGCGUUGCAUUUGACAGAGUGUGGACAAAUACUGGUGAUGGUUAUGACAGUAAUACAGGAAUAUUUACCUGUCCACAUACUGGAGUGUAUGUCUUCAUCUAUCAUGGACUUACAGAAAGGAAUGGACAGAUGUGGUUGGAAUUUUUUAAGAAUAAUGCGUACGAGAUGAGUGGCUUUGCGCAUAACAAUGCUUACUUUGCAUAUGCCAGUAAUUCUGUUACUCUGCCUCUUAUUGACGGCGACCAAGUGUACAUAAGGGGUCACGGAUCAAGUCAGCUGUUCGGAGAACCGCACGAGAUUUAUGCAACAUUUUCAGGGUUCAUGUUGAUACCAAACCAUGGGCAAAGGCAUUCUUAACAUGCAUUAGGUAUGCAAAUGUAUUUGGAAAUAAAAAUAGUAAAACUUU